AUGGCCAAUGCAACGCGUCCAGGUGGUGGUUAUCGAAAGGGGGACGGAGCACAAGAAGAGAAUCUCUUUCGACGAUCAGAUUAUUUUAGAAGUCUCGAUGUUGGUCUUGACGAAAUUCAGGAAGAGUCAUGCGAACGAUCUCAUUGCACAUCACAGUGUGACCUCGAUUCAUAUUUCGAUUCACAGAAGAUGUAUCCGAUGGAUGAAUAUGGAGCUAUUUACACGUCAGCAAUGGCUGCUUAUCGAGAUCCAAUGUUGAAUGGAACUAUGUUAGCACCGAAAUAUGCUGUUGGAAUGCGAAAGAAAAUUGAAAACAUCUUUGCCAUAGCUUAUCAUCACAAACAUGAUUACCUCGUUUUAUCGGCUUUAGGCUGUGGUGCAUUUCGAAAUCCGCCCGCUCAUGCUGCAAAACUAUUUCAUACAGUUAUUGAACAAUACACAGGCUUUUUUCAAGAAAUCAUAUUUGCCAUUGUUGACGAUCAUAAUACAGGACAAAAGCAUAAUCCACAAGGUAAUUUUAAAUCAUUUAAAGAAGAACUAGAUGGACUAGUAGUACGACCGAUUACAUGCUUCAAUCAACCGAAUACAACGUAUGGCCCUUAUCGAGUCUUAUCUAAUGGUUCGACUGUGAAAGAUGUUCGCAUUCGUGAUUUACUACCAUGUCAUUUCGGAGCCACGUGUCCAGAUGUUUAUGAUACUAAUCAUGUUGAUCAAUUCUCUCAUCCACCUUUAUGUAUAGCUUUUACUAUGUAUGAGAACCAGUAA